UAUUAAUUGUAGGACAUGAAGAAAAGAUUUAUAAUUAUGGGACAUAUUUGUCUAAACUACCUUCCUUUUCCCAUCCUAUCAGGUGAUCCUUUUGAACAUGUGGCUUCUAUACUCGUAAAUAUUUCACAGAAAGAAGCAGGAAGAAAACUUCUACUGGACCCUAAGAGAGGGCUUUUAAAGCAGAUCAUUAGGCAAUUUGAUUCAGGUAGCCUAUUGCGAAAGAAAGGGGUCUCGGGGACUAUUCGGAACUGCUGUUUUGAGGCUGACAAUCAGUUGCAUAAUUUGCUUUUGAUCUCAGAGUUUCUGUGGCCAGCGCUGCUUCUGCCGGUUGCUGGAAACAAGAUUUAUAGUGAGGAAGAUACAUCUAAAAUGCCGCUUGAGCUUGGAAGUGCACUCUCAAUUGAGCGUGAAGUAUUAGUUGAUCAUGAGAUUCGUGUCCAAGCAUUGGAUGCUAUCUACUUGCUCAUAUUGCAGGAGUCUGGUAGGAGAGCUUUCUGGUCUGUCAACGGACCUCGAAUACUGCAAGUAGGGUAUGAAGACGAGGAAAAUCCCCAAGUAAUGGAAGCAUACGAGCGAGUGGGCUCAUUGUUGAUUCAAGAAAAUGGCACGGGUGAAGCAUCAACACAAGUGUCAGACUAGAUAUCUGCUCGUGUUGGUUAGAUGAGUAGCUACUAGCUAUCUCAAUGCUUGGUCUUUUGAGUUAUGAAGGCUGUUGAUACCUGAAUCACUUUUCUCCAGUUUUUAUUUACUAUUAUAGCUUAGCAAAUUUUAAACAACAUUAAAUCUGAGACUUUGUAAUGCCAAUGUAAAGGGACUUGUUCUUAUCUUUUUGAUCGUUUAUGAAAGUGUAUUAGAACGGUCCUUUUCGUAGGAUAGGAGGAUUGUCUUCCAUAAAGAACAUAUCAAAUACAAUUAAAGAUGGGAUUUGCAAUACAUGUAA